AUGUCAACUCAAGAAACCGCUCAGACACUUUACCUUGACGCUGAUGGUGUUAAAUAUGCGUACCGCCUCAUCGGAAACUCUACGGCGGGGAAGGAUUCGGUUCCUCUGCUGCUGCUCAACCAUGUUCGAGCGACGAUUGACACUUGGGAUCCCCAAGUUAUCAAUAAUCUGACCGCGUCUGGUCGACAAAUUGUCACUUAUGACUAUGCUGGCAUAGGCCAUAGUCAAGGCAAGAUCGCACCCUCCGUCAGAGGUUUCGCGGUCAAUCUGCUCUCGUUCCUUAACGUCCUGCUCCCGACGCUUCAUACUCAUCAUGUCGAUGUUUUGGGCUUCUCUUUGGGCGGCUACGUUGCUCCACAGCUGGUUUUGGACGCCCCAGAUGUGGUUCACAAGCUGGUCCUCUCUGGCACUGGGCCGAGCCUUGGGCCAGGCCUUGAGCGGCCGAUGAACGAGGUGCAAUCCACGGUCUUCAAUCCAACUCCGGGGCUGCCAACAAUCGAAGCCUUCUUACCGUCAUUCACAACUGGUAAUGAAGGACAAGAAUGGUUCAACAAAAGUGUAUCCUCCCGACAGGGUGUGGCCGGCAGAAAUGGCGAGCCUGAGAUUGCAACCUUUACCACAGGGGAAGACCUUGUCAAUCUUACCCAGGCUUACUUGACGUGGGAUGCCGACCCAAUUCCUUAUUCCUGGCUGCAGACAAUUCAGAAAGAUGCGCUUGUCACUGCGGGAGAUAAUGAUCUUAUCGUUCCGACUCGAAAUUCCUUCGUUCUUGCGCGACAACUGCCUCGAGCAAAUUUGGUCAUGUUCCCCAGCAGUAGCCACGGUCACUUGUUUCAAUAUGCAAACUACUACACCAAGGUGAUUGGUGAAUUCUUGGAUGGUAAACUACCGACUGCACCAUUCUCGGCAGGCAAAGCUCCUCCUUUUGGGACAUAUGGGCAGAUUAAUCAAGGCUGA